CUAUAUAUGAAGCCACUGACCGAACAGUCAGUUCAGUCUCGUCUCGUCUGUCGCUCCGCUUUUAAGACAACAAUAGUUUAAAUUUGUUUGUUUAUCUUUUGCCACGAGCCAACGAAAAGUACAGAAUACGCCAAGAUGCCGAUGGUGGAUGAUAAGAAUGGACACCCGUUGCACGUCAAAAGGCCCAGCGAAAACGAAUUUUUACAUACAAACGUCAAACAUACUGGCAUCGUUCACUCAUCAUUCAGCUUCGAGUCUCUGCAGGAAAGCGCCAAUUACUUGCUUGACCGUAUCUCAACUCGUCCCAAAAUUGGCAUCAUUUGCGGCUCCGGGCUCGGUCCAAUCACCGAUACCCUCACCCAAAAGCAAUGCUUCCCCUACGAGGAUAUUCCUCACUUUCCCAGUUCAACGGUCAAGGGCCACGUCGGGCAAAUGGUCUUUGGUUACCUGCACGGUGUUCCCGUCAUGUGCAUGCAAGGCAGAUUCCACUAUUACGAAGGCUAUCCCCUCUGGAAGUGCGCGAUGCCGGUUAGAGUGAUGAAGUUGGUUGGGGUGUCACACCUGAUUGUCACAAACGCGGCAGGGGGUUUGAAUCCAAACUACAACGUCGGCGACAUCAUGCUGAUGAAAGACCACGUGAACUUGAUGGGUUUUGCGGGUAAUAAUCCCCUUCAAGGACCUAACGACGACAGAUUCGGGCCGCGUUUUCCACCCAUGAACCGAGCUUACAACAAACAGCUCCUUGCAGCUUGCGACAAAGUCGUCAACGAAAUGGGAAUACAGGAUAUCGUGCACAAAGGGGUCUACACUUGUUUGGGUGGUCCCAACUACGAAACCGUAGCCGAAUUAAAAGUUCUCAAGAUCCUUGGAGUUGACGCAGUUGGCAUGUCGACGGUCCACGAGGUAAUAACUGCCCGCCACUGUGAAAUGAAGGUCGUAGCUUUUAGUUUGAUAACAAAUAUGUGUGUGGACGACUACGAGGACCACAUGGAGGCCAAUCACAAUGAAGUCAUGGAGGUUUCGGAGCGUAUGAAGGGUUUGCUUAAAGAAUUUGUCUCGAGGAUCGUUGCCUAUAUUAAGGAGGAGCUUAACGUUGACGAUGCCACAAAAUAAUUGUGCCAAUAUUUUAUUUUCAAUCAUCAAGUUUUCCUUUUUUCUGUUACUGACUCUGUCAGCACUAAAACCAAGUGGCAUUGGAUUUGGAUGGCAAAGUUAAUGGCCGCUCUAAAUUGGUCUGAUAUGUUCCUACUAUUUACACACUCAACCGAUUUGUAUCGAUCGAGGAACAGUUGUUGGAUUCUUCACCAAGUCACAAGCGAUUAUCUAAACCGUAAUUCGUCAUUUAGCAAAAUAAUUAUAUCUUGAUGAACACGAAAAUGAAAAUCACGUGACAAGGUCAUUAAAAAUUGUUUGAACUUGGUUGCAAGUGAUUUUAAACACGUUUUAU